AUGGCUCCCACUCGUGACAUACUGCCCGCCAAGGGCCGUGUCGGCCGCUUUGGCAGACAGAGACGGCCGUCUGUCUCCAUCCCCGACAGCAUGCCUCUUGAGAGGCUCGACAUGUCCAACGCCAACGUUUCCGAUAUCUCACUUGCCCCUAUGGAGCCUUCAUCAGACAACAGAUCUGAUUUGAGCACAAGCACAUCAGGAAGUUGGAGAAAAAAGAGCAACAAUGGAAAGCCUCUGUUGUUCAAGCCCCCUUCUCUGCGCUUCCGCGCUCGCCCUGAGAUCGACAGGCCAUGGAGACGUUCUAACCCGGAACCCACAAACUACCAUUCCGCCGACGACACCAACGACUCGGACACUGAGUCCAAGUACAGCUUUGACUCCCGUUCCACUAUCACCACCGCAACAAGUGUGGCCUCAGACGACCAAGACUCUUACCCCAGCAAAUCUACUGAGACCGUUUCUGCUACUCGGACUGCCCCAUUUACCGUAGAGAAGCAAGUUGUAAAGUCCAGUACUGCCCCUGUUGCCCCGGCCAAGCCCGCAAACCUUAGGGGAGCACGCGUCGAUAUCGUGGCCCCUGCCAGCAGGACUCUUCGCAUCGAGGUGGCCCCUGCAGCCCCUGCCCCUCCUGUAGUUCAACGCAUCACCUCACAAGAGCUUCGCGAGCGUGAGCGGGUUGAAGAUGGCCUCCUCAAGGAAAUUUCGCGCAUGCAACAAGAGACCAGAAGCCUACUUGGCAAGCAGUCCGAGACUGACAAGAGGCUGGAAGACGCUCUCGAAAGGCUGUCGACUUUGUCUGCAGACAAGGAGAGAACAGAACAGAGGCUUUCAACUUUGACUGCGGAUAAGGAGAAGACAGAGAAGAGACUUUCAAUCCUGUCUGCAGAUAAGGAAAAGACGGAGAAGAGGCUCUUGAAUUUGUCCGCAGACAAGGAAAGGACAGAGAAGAGGCGCAGGGAUGAACAGAACAUCAGGGACAAGGUUUCCCGCGACUUUGAUGAACAAAGCCGACUUCUCGAUGAUGUAAGAAGCGCUCUUAAUGAGCAUGAAAGGAAGCUCGAGGAUGUGCAGAAGGAGAGAGACGAGCUCAAGAACAUCAAAGAGCAACUUGAAGCCAAGUCCAACGACCUCGAGAAGCAAAUCACAGCAGAGAGGGAUGCCAAGAGCGAGGUCUCAUCCAAGUACGCCGCUCUUGAGAAGGACGUUGCCGAACAACAAAGGAUCCGUGCCGAACAAGAAAAGGUACAUGCCGAACAACAAAAAACCAAAACCCAUUUCGAGGCUCGCUGCUCCAACUUGGAGAAGGACCUCGGUGAUGUUCGGGCCGUCACCAAGGAGACCGAGCGUGCUCUCAUUGAGCGAAUCGCCGCCCUGGAGUUGACCAAGGACAGCCUCAAGCUUCGUGUCACCGGACUCGAGACUGAGCUGGUCCUCAAGGGCACCGAGAUUGGCGACAUCACUGCCGAGCGUGACCUUCUCCGCAUGGACGUUGAGAGAUACAAGCCCCAAGUCGAUUCCCUCAACAAGGAGAACGGAGCCCUCACCGAAGUCAACAAAGGCCUGCAAUCACGUAUCGAUACCCUCGAGGAGCAGAAGAAGGGCCUGGAGGCCAACGUUGAACAGCUUGAGAACGAGAAGAAGGACAUCCAGGACCGCUUCAACGCCAUCGAGGUCGAGAAGCAAGAGAUCGAGGUUCGCGUUGCCGAACUCGAGACGGCCAACACCAACUUCCUGACCCGCAUCGACAGCCUGGAGAUCACCAAGGGCGAGCUAGAGGUUAGCAAGGCCGAACUGGAGAUCAACAAGGCUGAGCUUGACACCCGGGUCAAGGACCUCGAGGGCGUUCAGACCAAGUACGACAAGCUCAAGACUCGCAUCGAGACCAUCAAAGGACAGAACACUACACUCAAGUCGCAGGUCGGAGACCUACUCAAAGAGCAGGACGACCACAGCUCUCAGAUUCUCAACCUCUCAGAUGAGCGCAACAGCCUCCGCUCAGAGAACGCAUCCCUCAAAGACGAGAACGUAUCUCUCCAGGGCGAGAACGCAUCUCUCAAAGAUGAGAACGAAUCUCUGCAAGGUGAGAACCAAUCGCUCAGGGACGAAAACGAAUCUGUCACCAGUGAGCUCCGGCGCGCCGAGUCACUUAUUGGAUCAGCCGCCCCAUCUGUAGCUGCCGAGAGCGAUGCUGGUAGCGAUGCCGGUACUGUCAAAGCCGAAGAUGAUGCUCCCCCGCCACCUGAACCCGAAGUUGCACCCCCGCCACCGCCAGCGGAAGCCCCUCCGCCACCCCCAACAGUUGAAGAAGUCAAGGAAGAUGCCGUGAGCGUCAAAUCCGGAGCGCCUACUCAGGUCUCGAAGGCGGCCCCUGAGGCUGAGGCUGAGGCAGCCCCAGCUGAAAACGACGCCACGACUGAGAAAGCCGAGUCGGUAGCCAGCACCCCCUCGGAGCCCGCCGUCCUGGAGGAGCUCCGCGAACGCGUCGCCGACCUUCAGGAGCGCAACGACCAGCUUCAAGCCGAGACAGUUAAACUUGGAUACCUCACCGCGGAGAGAGACGACCUGGCCGCCCGCAUCGCUGCAUUUGAACCGGAGAGGCAGGGACUAUCUGCCCGUAUCGCUGCCCUCGAACCGGAAGCCAACCAGGUGCCCCAGCUGCGUCAGGACAACUUGUCGCUGACGGCCCAGCUCGGUGCCGUCAACGCUCAGCUCGAUGGCUUGCGCGCUUCUUAUGAGGCCUCGGUGGCCGAAGUGCACAGCCUGCAACAGCAAAUUGGAUCGCUACGUGUACGCCUGUCUUCACCGUCAGGAGAGUCAAAGAAGUCGUCGUCGCGGUCCAAGACGAAGGAGAAUGAUAAGAAAAAGGAACAGUUGGUGGUGGUGCGAGACCCCAACGAGCGUGGCAGGAUUCAAGUUAUGCGACGAAGCGACCUGCGUGCGAUGAGAUCCUCUUCUCAGUCAGAGGGCGAUAAGAGCGAUUAA